AUGUCCUACUAUAAUCCAAUGCUUCAACCACUUGCUCCAGUACAAACAGUUUAUCUUAAUCAACUAACAGCACCAACAUAUAUUCCCCAGCCGGUACCACGUAUAAAUGCCAUGUGGACCUAUUCUCAAGACAUACCACCUCCAUCCUUAAUACAGAAUUUUUCUCAACAAAUAGAAAUUCAACCAAUAGAAGAUGUUCCUGAAGCACAAAGUGAAAUCAGUUUUGCUAUUCCUCAAACAGCGGCAGAAGAAGAAGACGAUCUUAAUAAUUCAAUAUGUAGACUUUGGUACUGGCGAGUUGCUCUGGCUUUUUUAUUAUGUAUUUUUUUGGGACUGGCCGUUGGUGUUCCAUUUAUAGCCCUACAACAACAACAACAACAACAACAAGUAGUACCAGUACAACUUCAACGACUAGUACAACGAGUACUACCUCAACUACUUCAACUACCACUACAACAACCAGAACUACCUCAACCACCUCUACCACCUCUACUACAUCAACUACCUCAACUACCUCUACAACAAGUAGAACUACCUCAACUACGUCAACUACCUCCACUACUACCUCUACAACAAGCAGAACUACAACGACGACUAGUACAUCGGCAACAACAAGUACAACAAGUAAGGAUUUUUAUUUCAUUCAAUUUUAAAGAAUCUAUUUUCUUUUGUUAUAAUUUAUUUUUUGUAGCAACAUCAAGUGCUCUUCCACCACAAUGUUCAACUGCAACAAUUAUAACAGAUGCUACAAGAAAGGCUACUAAUACAGUUUUUGCUUCUCUAUGUGAUCAGUCAAGCGGGUUAUCCGGAACAGGAUGGUAUCGAUUUUCUGGAGGAGCUGGGACAAUUCUUGCAAAUUAUGUUGUUCCAGUAAAUCAAUGUGGUACACAGGCAACUGGAUCAUAUACUGGAGCGUAUCCAUCUACAGCUGGUAGUACAAGUUCAGGUACUGUUUGUUAUAAUUGGAGUGGAAAUUCGUGUAUGUGGUCUAAUUCAAUAUCAAUUACUAAUUGUAAUGGUUAUUAUGUUUUUUAUCUCCCCACACCACCCGUUUGCAGUCUACGUUAUUGUACUAUAUAA